CACAAAAACCAGCCAGUCUCAUCUCUAAAACCAAACACACCGCCUAAUUCCUUCAUUCUCCCAUGGAUCUUCUCUUCCUCGAGAAGGCCUUAAUCGGCCUUUUCCUCGCAAUCGUCCUAGCAAUCACAAUCUCCAAGCUCCGUGGUAAGAAAUUCAAGCUCCCUCCCGGCCCUAUUCCCGUUCCCGUAUUCGGUAACUGGCUUCAAGUCGGUGAUGAUCUCAACCACCGUAAUUUAACCGAUCUCGCUAAAAAAUUCGGCCAGAUCUUCCUUCUCCGUAUGGGCCAACGUAAUCUAGUCGUUGUCUCCUCCCCAGAUCUCGCUAAAGAGGUUCUUCACACUCAAGGAGUCGAAUUCGGUUCAAGAACAAGGAACGUGGUAUUCGAUAUCUUUACUGGGAAAGGACAAGAUAUGGUUUUUACCGUUUAUGGUGAGCAUUGGAGGAAGAUGAGACGGAUCAUGACGGUUCCUUUUUUCACAAAUAAGGUUGUCCAACAGUACCGUUAUGGGUGGGAAGAUGAAGCGGCUGGAGUGGUGGAAGAUGUGAAGAAGAAUCCAGAAUCUUCGACGACAGGGAUUGUUUUGAGGAGAAGAUUGCAGUUGAUGAUGUAUAAUAAUAUGUAUAGGAUUAUGUUUGAUAGCAGGUUUGAAAGUGAAGAAGAUCCUUUGUUUGUGAAACUUAAAGCUUUGAAUGGAGAAAGGAGUCGACUUGCUCAAAGCUUUGAGUAUAAUUAUGGAGAUUUCAUUCCUAUUCUUAGACCUUUCUUGAGAGGUUAUCUUAAGAUCUGUAAGGAAGUGAAGGAGAAGAGAUUGAAGCUGUUCAAGGAUUAUUUUGUUGAUGAAAGAAAGAAAUUAUCAAGCACCAAGCCUUUGGACAACAACAACCUAAGAUGUGCAGUUGAUCAUAUUUUGGAAGCCCAACAAAAGGGAGAGAUCAAUGAAGACAAUGUUCUCUACAUUGUUGAGAACAUCAAUGUUGCUGCAAUUGAGACAACCCUUUGGUCUAUCGAGUGGGGAAUAGCUGAGCUAGUGAAUCAUCCCCAUGUUCAGAGCAAGCUUCGCGAGGAACUCGACAGGGUCCUCGGCCCAGGUGUUCAAAUCACUGAGCCAGACACUCACAAGCUCCCCUACCUCCAAGCUGUUGUUAAGGAAACACUGCGUUUACGAAUGGCGAUUCCUCUCCUUGUACCUCACAUGAACCUCAAGGAUGCUAAGCUCAAUGGCUAUGAUAUCCCGGCUGAGAGCAAGAUCCUUGUCAAUGCCUGGUGGCUAGCCAACAAUCCCGAGAGCUGGAAGAAACCUGAAGAGUUCAGACCCGAGAGGUUCUUUGAAGAGGAGUCUAAAGUGGAGGCCAAUGGGAAUGAUUUUAGGUACCUUCCGUUUGGAGUGGGUAGGAGGAGUUGCCCAGGGAUUAUCUUGGCAUUGCCUAUACUUGGAAUUACCAUCGGUCGUUUAGUUCAGAAUUUCGAGCUCUUGCCGCCUCCGGGACAGUCAAAGCUUGAUACCUCCGAGAAAGGAGGGCAAUUUAGCCUUCACAUCUUGAAGCACUCCACCAUUGUGAUGAAGCCUAGAUCGUUCUAAGAAAAGUUUUAUGUAUUCAAUUCUACCAUAUAAUUGGGAUUCUAUGAAUGUUGGUAUAAAUCUUUGAAACUUUUUGAAUAAAAUGUUCUCUCUUUUUGUUCAUUUUGCA